AUGGAUGAAACUCAAAACGUUGAUUUCAAUUUUUUCGAUAUCGAUGACAUAAUUGCGAAAUCUGAGUCAACAUCUUGCACUUUUGAUGGAGACGCAUUUGGUGAAGGUAUUUAACAAAUUCCUGAAACUCUUGAAAAAAAAGUUAAACAUUGCAGAUUUUUAUGAAGAAAUUCUUGGAAUCGGGCGGCCGAAAAUAAAUGCAGGUGGUUUUUCAGUUGAUGCUCCUUAUUGGCUCAUCGAUUCUGUGAAAACAAAAUGCAGGGUGAGUCGGUUUAUCCCAGAUUUAUUCGAAUAUUUUUUUUUUUGCGAAAAAAGUAAUACUUAGGAAAAGUUAUUUUUAUAUUGUGACUACAAAUUAGUCACAUCUACAACAAUUGUACAUAGUUUUAGCGAGAUUUUUCUAGAUCAAUGUUUCGCAAACAUACGGUCCAACAAUGCAAAGUGUGCUGACUGCCGACGCUAAAAAUAUCAACCUCGCUCGACAAGAACAAAACUUUUUUGCGAUUGGAAUGGAAUUGUGCCAACUGUUAAAAGAGGAAGAUCCAGACGGCGCCUACAAACUUUCGAAAUGUUUGCUUUCCACACUAACACAACGUUUAGGAGGUGAAUGUUUGUUUUGCAUGUUGAUUUUGAAAGAAGAAAAAUCAUUUUAAAGAUGGGAAAGAAAGAACGUCAUUAAAUAAUGUUUUUCUAGGAAUUAUUGCGAUUGCUUUACAUGGACAAAAUAAGGCGGAAAAAUUGGCGAAUUUGGAGAUUAAAGUUUUCGAGAAAGGGAAGAAGCAUAAACAAGAUAUUGAUAAUUGGCUGAGAGAAAAUUCGAAACUCAAAACUAACAAGCGAAAACUUCAAUGA